GGCGGGAGUUGGGAUUUGUUCAAAUGACAGCCCCAAGCCCGUUUAUGUUUCCCGUGCUCUGCAGGGUGUGCGCGGUUGUUCUCCCUGGUUUCCAGGGCUCUCCUGUUCUGUGGAGCAAUCCUUAGUGCCCCACCUGGGCACUGCACUGCGAACGCGAGGUGCCACGCGUGGGCUUUCCAUGGUGGGGUUUCUUUCGUCCUGGGAGUUUGGACUGGAUAGAACUUGGACUUUAUUCCCGGGACUGCCACCAACCUAGAAUUUUGGUCUAAACUUGUGGGUAGAAAUUUAAAUACUGUUACUGUUCAACAUCAUGAGCUAUUUGCGGAAUAGUAUUAGUGAAUUUAAUACAAUGGAAUUCCUAAAUUUAGUGGCAAGACCCAGGCUUGACAAGGUAGAAUUUCCACCUUGCAGGCCUUGAUAACAAACAGCUUUUUAAAAAACCUUGGGAGUAAAAAUUUUGAUACAUAUGGCUUCAAAGGGAUUACUUUAUGGAUAAGUAACUUUAUAGGUGGUCUUUGUAGGGGGAGGGAGGUUUGUGGUUUUUUUUCUGGUUCUUUCUUUCAGAUAUUAACAACCCUGAAAAAUAUGUUCAUACUGGUUUUUCCCACUACCUGCUUCUCAAAACAAGCUGCAGAGUAACCAGAUCAGAAAGUUUUUAUUAUUCUAUGCAACUUUGUAUGGAAGUGUUCUUUUUCCUUCUUGCCCCUGGAAGUUGAGGCAGGAUCUGUAAUUCUUAAAAAGCACAUGCAAGAUGCUUUUGUCAGCAUAUAAAGGGGGGUGGGAAUUUAAGACUGGUUUGGUGGUUAUUUUUGUGAAUAAGGAAGAAAUAAUCCAAGUGAUGCCGAUGCAGGAUCUGAGGCUUUCUGUGAGGGAGUGACUCAGGGAUCCUAAAGCCUCCUCUGAUCCUGAAGACAUUUCUCCACAUUAGUGAUGGAGUUGCCUUCUUUUGGGAGGUCAGUUUGGCAGUGCUUGGCUCCUCUCCUGUUUCUGCAGCUCUGAGCUUGUGCGAGGACAAGGAUGGGGCACACCAUGCAAAACUCAAAUGAGUUCUGUUGUGCCUUGGCCUUCUCAUAAAUGUGUUCUCUGCCCUCAGGAAGCAAAACCCCUGAAGUCAGUUGAGAAGAACUAGUCCUGUAAUAUUUGAUGUAUUUUACAGGAAUGAAUUCAAAUAGGGAUUUAUUUAAAGGGCUAUUUAUGAUUUUUCCAAGUUGUUGGUAAAUGUCCUGUUACAUUGAAACAGAAUUUAGAUUCACUCUGGGCUCUUAACAAACAGAAUUGUCAGCAUGUGUUAGGACUGAGAGACACCUUUUGUUGGUGGCUGGGUGCAGAGAACAAAUAUGAGAUUUCCUCACUUCACAAACUGAACAGUUUGUACAUCCUGAGCAACACCAACCACGGCAUGUGUAGGCAAUAGUCUGUGCCAUCUCCUGUGCUGCAAUUCCCUUUUAAAUGAACUUCAUGUCCUGGGGCUAAUCUUUGUCAUUUUUUUGUGUAAUACACAUGGCUGCUCUUGCUCUGCUUGUUGAUGAUGCUUUGGGAGCUGCCCCUCAGGAGUCAGUAGGAGCAGCGAAAGGCCGAGUUACUGCUCAGUGCAUGUUAUGUUCUCCAGGCAGCAGCCUGCAGCUCUGCUGGGGAGCCUUUGUGCCCCAGGCACCGGGGGGCUCGGGGGCAGGGGCGCUGCUGCAUUCCCUGGGAGCACAUUCCCUGGGAGCACUUUCCCUGCCAGCUCCCAGUUUGUCAGUGCAGUGCAGCCCCUGGAGCUGCAGCUGCCCACCAGCACAGAAAUAGCCCCUGAGAGCUGGAGGGGAAAAGGGUUAAAGAGCUUCCCUUUCACCUUGAGCAAAUACACAAGGAAUACUUGGAAGAGAAAGGGAUGUCAGGAAUGCUGUCGGGAGGAGGGACAGCUGUUUGUUUUUUGUCCUCCCACAGAGUACAACCUAUUUAAAUAUUUACAUGUUCUGUUAUUAAAAGACUUUCCUUUCUUUCCCGUACUUUUCUGGUUAUUAAGUUAUGAAUGGUGAUGGAGAGAUUUGUAAUUGCUAAUUCUUCCACUUGUAGUGAUGUUGUAAAAAAAUUUCUAUUUUUUUAUUUACUCAGAGAAGUAUGUUGGUAGAGUUUUCUAUCUGAUUUAAAUGGUUUCACCAAGGAUUGUGCUUUUUCUUUUAAUAUUAUUGCUUUUAGUUACUUUGUAUAUUGUAUAAUCUUAGGCGAUCUGAACAUGCAGUAAAAGUAGAAAAUUUCAGACAAUGCAACCUUGAAGAGAAAAUGGUGGAAGAUUAAUUUAAAUGUCAUUGCAGAACAUUAUUAAUGCAGAUAUUAAAACGCUUGUGGAUGCAGAAAUUCUGUAUUUAUUAUUCAUAAAUAGCUCUGAAUGGUCACUGGGUGCUUAAUUGAUUCACACAUGGCCUGUUCCAGCCUUGGUGACAUCCUGGGCAUCCUUCUCCUACAAGAUCACUGCAUCUAGAACUGUAUAACCACUCACAGCAUCUAUUUGCAACUGCUGAGGAAACAUCAGGAGUUAAUGAUGUGAAACAUUUUGGGUUGCAGAGCUCUUGCAGGGAUGGGAAAUGUAAAAUCAGAACUCGUAAGGCUCCAGGGCAAAGACAUCAGCAUGUGGUUAGGUUAGGAAGUAAUAUUUUGAAAUCAACAGAUCAUGGGUGACACCAAAUGUGUCCAGAGUCUCUGCUGGGCUGAAGCCUUGGUCAUUAAUCAUUGUUUAAAAUUAAGGUGUUUCACCUCAAUGUAAAAGGAGUUUCACAAAGAACAUGUUUUGCACACAGAUCUUCAGUACACAGUCUGAAAGUAAUUUGGCAGGAGAAGGAGUGUUGAAUUUGGUAGUAGACAGUGAGUGUUUCAUGCCCUCGGGUAGUUUUAGCGGGUCAGACUGAGUGGUGUAGCGUUGCUGUUUGGUUUUGAGGAGCAGUUCUGUGUCCCCAAGGGAGCCUUCAGAGAGUGAAGGUUGCUCCCUUUGUGUUGAGCUGACUGGCAGACCUCUGACAGACUUUGGCAAGGUUGCUGCUUUGUUCUUCAAAUUUUGCACCUUGUAAUUGUUAUUUUGGAAGUAAAUCUUACUCGUCUAUAAUUACCAUCUAAUCAAAGAUGGUGGCAGAAGUUGUAAAUAAAAAUUGAACAGAAAAUGGCCCAGGUGCAGGGCGCCUCUCGGCGUGUGCCUGGUUUGCAGUGGCUGCACAGGUGAUGGCGAGAGAGAAAUCUCUGCCACGUUCCAGUGUCCAGAGCUCCGCGGUCUGGGCGGGAGCCACGGUUUGACGCUGGAGUGACUCUGGCGACUACAAAUCCCAGGGAGCAGCGCCGAGGGCCGCUCCGUGCGGGCGGGGCCAUGGCAGCGGGGCGCUCCCUCCCCGGCUCCUGUGUCAGCUGCCGGCGCUCAAAAGCGCCGCUCGGAGCGCCCCGGACUGCCAGCCGCUGUCGCCCUGGGCUCCUCCGCAUUCCCGUGUGAGCUCCGACUUGUGCUGUGCUCCGCAGCCUCCCUGCCGGCUGGAAGGAGCCCGCUGGGCCCGUGCCGAUGGAUGCCAUCCUGAACUGCAAGCCGGAGGACCUGGAAGAUUACUACAACUUGCUGGGAUGCGAUGAGCUGUCGACGGUUGAGCAGAUUCUUGCUGAAUAUAAGAUUAAAGCCCUUGAAUGUCAUCCUGACAAGCAUCCUGGAAACCCCAAAGCAGUGGAGGAUUUCCAGAGGCUGCAGCAGGCCAAGGAGACGCUGACCAACGCGGAGAGCCGGGCGCGUUACGAUCACUGGCGCCGCAGCAGAGUCGCCGUCCCGUUCCAGCAGUGGGCGGCGCUGGGCGGCUCCGUCAGAACGUCAAUGCACUGGGCUGUCCAAAGUAAGAAGGACCAAAUGCUGGAAGCUCCUGACUUUGGUAAUACCAACACUAGAACUAACGAGAUGUGGACCCAACAGAUGGAAAACAGUGGAGAUGGAUUAUUGGAAGGGAGCAGGGAACAAGAAGAUGUUGCAAUCCCUGAUGUGAAACCACAGUCUUCAAAGAAUCCAGACUCCCCAAGAUUUUCAGAGGGGAAUUACUGGCACUUGCGUUUCCGCUGGUCAGGCGAUGCUCCAUCAGACCUUCUGAGGAAAUUCAGAAACUAUGAGAUCUAAAAUGAGAAACACACAGGAGCAUGAGAUCAUCUGUUCAGCAUUCAGUUUGGGUUUUUAACAGCAGUUACAAGUUAUUUGUAUUUUGUAUUCUCUGAUUGUAAUGUGUUGUUCUAGUCAAUGUCUAAAUACUGAUUUAUCACACCUACUGUGAGCAUUACAGAUGGAGGUUUUUCUGUUCAAUAAGCAAAGCCCUUUUCAGUAUUAAUAUAAAGGGAUGUUGUGAGGUUAUCUAACAUCUAGUAUAUUGUUUCUUGUAUUCUCAAAUAUUGUGUAGUGAUUAAUAUUUCUUUCAAUAGUGUGAUGUUAUAAAAAACAUACUCUCAGUAGAACCCUGGGCUCCAGGGUAUCCUACUCAGCGUGGAUCUUCCAAAAGCUUUAUGACAAAGAACUGUAAACAGAGCUGUGCUUAUCUCUUAACUCUGUGCUCUGCUUCACUUCUCCAUUGCAUUGUACUCACUGCAGUGAUUUAUAAUGUACUCAUUACAAACUUAACUUGUAGGAGAGUUGUGAUCUUAUGUUAUAGAUGAAAUAAGAAGCUUCUUGUUAUCCAAGGUCUCUGUGACAGAUCAAGCACUCCUAAAAAGCACUUAUCUUGUACCUUAACAAGAACACUUUUUGCACUAUCUGUUUGUUUUGGAAGGCAGUUUCAGAGCUUUACUUCUCCAGGUAGCAAUUUUUGGUUUAAGAUGUAUUGGUGGAAAAUGCAUCCCGUGUGUAUGUGUGCCAACAUUGUCCCGUGGCUUCAUAGCAAUUCUCCUCCCUGCUCAGGUGUGCUAGACAUGGUUUUACCAGGGUUUUGUACAGUGAGGAAUGAAAAAUCAGAAUAGUCAGCACUAAUGUGUACAAAAUCUCACAUGAAAAGUUUUUGUUACUUUGGGCAACUCCAAAUUCUACAUUAUUGUUUAUUUAUUUUGUGUUUGUUUUCUUUUUUGCAAACUUGGCUAAUAUGUCAGGUAUUGACAUUGUGGUUUUGUGCAGGCAGAUAAUUCCAUCAGUAGCAAAUAAAACUUUAUGCAUACAGAAAA